AUGAACUCCCGUUCCAAGGUUACCGACCAAACACCCAUCUUCAUCGACUCCAGCCCAGCUCUUUCUCCCAUGGCCGAGGAAAUGGAGAUUUCCAUGCUUUUGACUCCACCUGUUUUUAGUAUCUACGAUGGCGACUGCUUCACCCAACCCGAGUUCGAUGCGCUCUUUGCCUUUGUCAUGAAUCAGAUCGCGAUUUACUGUCGUGACAACUUCCCUAAGAAUUUUAUUGAACACAAGGCCCGUGUCAAGCUCUACAUGGACAUCUCCCGUGGAUUCAAGUUUGCCAACGUCCAUAACUUGAUCCCCAAAUAUGAGAAUGGGAUGCCCCAUGGUCCUUCUUCAGGUGAUAACCACGCCUCUACUUCGGCUCCGUCCAACUCCGCCAGCGCGUAG